UGUCUGCAAUAUGGCGACAGGAAAGGAAAGAUCAUGGCUGCUUUGGCGAGUAAUGUACGUCAGCAGUUAGAAAGGAAAUCCACAGUGAUUAAGUUUUAUGUUGAAGUGCUGAGAAAUUGGACACGACAUUACUGUGGCUAUAAGGUUGUGCAAGUAAAUUUACACUAAUUUCUGAAUAUGUAUUGAACACAAGGGCAAAUAUUUGUUUGAAAUAAGUAGGAGACAGGAAGACAAAAAGAAUCUUAACUGCAUUAUAGCAGGCAACCACAAUUUAGUAAUGGAUGCUUGUAUGGACUUCAGUGUUAGUUUAAUUUAAUUACAUUUAAUUUAGCGAACAAGCUUUAUUUGUAUACCAGACUAGUGGAAAUAUAAUGCUUAUAUCAUAACUGAAUAAGAGGCUUUUUGCAUGUCUGAUGGAAAACCAGCUUUUGGACUAUUAUUUGAUAUAGAUGGUGUGAUUGUGCGUGGAAAGAAAGUAUUGCCUUCAGCAUUAGAAUCAUUCAAAAGGCUAGUUGACUCUGAGGGAAGGUUCCGAAUCCCGACAGUGUUUGUGACCAAUGCUGGAAAUGCCUUGAGGCAUGAGAAAGCGGAACAGCUGUCUUGUUGGCUGGAAAUUGAGGUAAAUGAGGAGCAGGUGGUGAUGGCACAUUCACCCCUGAGAAUGUUUCAGCAGUACCAUAAUAAACAUGUACUGAUAUCAGGUCAAGGUCCUAUUGUCGAAAUAGCCAAGAACCUCGGCUUUAAGAAGAUCGUAACGAUUGACCAGAUGAGAAAUGCAUUUCCGUUGUUAGAUGCAGUAGACCACAAACGAAGGAUAUCAGUGCCUUGCACGUUUGAGCAGUACUUUCCCAGGAUUGAAGCAAUUGUUUUGUUUGGAGAACCAGUAAGGUGGGAAACAUCGCUACAGUUGCUUAUAGACACGCUCAUGACAGAUGGAAUGCUGGCUCACCCUGUGUCACAUUUGGUGUAUCCGCACAUUCCUCUUCUGGCUUGCAACAUGGAUCUUCAGUGGAUGGCAGAGGCUUGGAUGCCAAGGUUUGGCCAUGGAGCUUUCCUGCUAUGCCUUGAAAACCUGUACAAGAAGGUAACAGGCCAUAACUUAAUAUACACUGCUCUGGUUGGAAAGCCAAGUGAAAUAACGUAUCAUCAUGCUCAUCAUAUGGUUGUUGCUCAGGCCAAAAAUAUUGGAAUUGACCACUGUGUGAAAAGGCUAUAUGCCAUUGGAGAUAACAUAUAUACAGAUGUGUUUGGUGCAAACUUAUAUGACUGUUACUUGUCAAGGAGAAAUAUUCAAGGAAGCAAAAGAAUUGUAAAUAAAGAAAGGAACAUCGAAGAGCUACUUGGGUCAGAUAGCUCAGAGUGGGAUCAUGUUGCAGAAUCUUGCUCAAGUAUUUUAGUUCAGACCGGAGUGUAUUCAGAGGGUGUUCAGAGCGGAAUGCUUGAUCACUCGCCACGUGACUUCUUACCUGUCGAAGAGAAGUUGAGAGCACCAAAAUUUACUGUAGAAAAUGUUUCCAAUGCAAUAGAUUUAAUUUUCCAUAAAGAAGGCUUCCAUUGAUAAAUGCUCACACGUAGGUACCGCCUGUUACCAUGUGACAGGCCCGAAAAUUACGCCAUUGAAAGUAUGUUGGAUUUAUUUUUUGCGUAGACUGAAUAAAAUAAUGUAAAUUUUAGUCAUAAUUAAAAGUUUACAGAAUUAUUUAUGGACACUGAAUUAAGGUCUGUGUUCUGUCCCAACUCUGAACUGUUGUGAAAACUUCUUUUGUACAACAUUACACUUAAACACUUCAAGUGAAUCAGUAUUAUGAAGCAAUUUAUUGAUGCCAAGUACACAGGCAACUAAUGUGUGUUAAGAGAGAUAUUUAAUGGCACGUGACUUGAAAAGUAUUGAUUGGGUAUACGUUUUUGUGCUAAGUCGCACACAAGUAUGAGGACUUCUAUGUUUCUGCAGCACAUGUCUUAAGUUGCCGCUAUAGCUUCAGUCGCAAAUAGCGGAAAGUGACCCAAGAUAACCCAAGACGAUAAUAAUUACAGUUAUACAAGCAACAUUUUGUACAAGACAAGUAAAUACUUUUUAUCAAAAUACAUAUCAGUAAUUUAAUUUCUGUGGAUAUGUUCCAAAUUUGAAAUUAAGGAAACAUAUUUUUGUCAUAUUUCAUAAAAAAAUUACAAGGGACGAAGUUAGUUAAGCAUGCUCAGAUUUCACUCACAAAAUAAGUACGAAAAUGUCUAUUGUGCAGGAUUUAUACGUAUUAUCUUAAGUCAUAAUUAUUUAUUAUAACAUGUACUACAUUCUUUUACUUUAAAAUGGAACAGGCCUCUAGGCCUAUGCCCUUUGGUUAAUGAUUUUGUUGUUACAUUAUGAAAUGCCAUACUUACGUAGUAUCUCUCUUAUAAUAUGUAAUUGUCUGAACUGUAUUAGUUUUUAUUUAUACCUUACGUAUUUAAUUAAUUAGAUACUAGAACAUCAUUAUAUCUGUGAUUUCAUGGAAUAGUCGAGGGGUUUAUGAGAUUCCUUGAGUAUGAUGAGAAUGAAUUGUAUAAGCAAGAAGUUUGGAACCGUGCUGAUGCACCAAAGUCUGUGAACGUGAUGAUUAAGUAGCAGUAGAAUAUAAACUAUUUACAGGAAUUAAGGCAGUAUUUUUCAUACUUUGGGAAAUACCUGUUAUGAUUUCUGUGUGAGAUUAGAACUUGUAUCACAAAAUGAGGGAAGAAUAUAUUGGUAACUGGUGCAAGUUUUUCUUGGAGUGGGUUUUCUUCUACAGGCAGUUCAUAACAAGAUGCAAUAUGUAAUGUUGUCCAGAAAAGGUUAGGAUGUAAUGAAUAUACAAAGAUGCAGUCAUAAUAUUGUUUAUUAAA